AUGCCUCGUUCUACAAAGUCAUCUGGCUCGUAUGAGUUGCACGAUCGCUCGAAAGAGGCCUCUUCCGUGGCAUUACCAUACGAAAAUGGCGUAUCCUCUUCGGAACAGGUUGGAACUAUCGACAAGGCCGACAAAGAUGCCUCGGAAACAGAAGCCGGUCCUGGUGGCUGGGGAGAGGAUCUUGACGAGUCACAAUAUCCAUCUGGGCUUCAGUUUGCACUCAUCAUCUUCUCCUUAUUCAUUUCUGUCUUUAUCGUUGCCGUCAGUCAAACUGUCCUCGCUACGGCAAUCCCGACCAUUACGAGCGCGUUCAACAGUUUCGAUGACAUCGCAUGGUACAGCACGGGCGAGCAGAUCACCGCCGUAGCGAUGCAACUUCCUUUCGGCCGGGCAUACACAUUGGCAAACAACAAGUGGACAUUUCUGGUAUCUGUCAUUAUCUAUCUUGCCGGCAGCGCUAUCUGUGGGUUCGCGCCUGUGUCCGUCGUUCUGAUCAUCGGAAGAGUCAUCCAGGGCGUGGGUAUGGCUGGCGUCUUCGGGGGCUCGUUCAUCGUCCUGGCCCGCGUAACUCCGCUCAGGAAGCGGAGCUUGUUCGCUGGUCUCUUCGGGGCAGCAUAUGCCAUUGCAAGUGUUAUUGGUCCAAUUAUGGUCAACCUUCCCAUCGGUGCGGUGGUGAUUCCGACAAUCAUCUUCUGUCUGCCUGAUUCCUUGGGACGAACAUCUGCAACUCUGAAGGACAUGACAUGGAAAGAGAUAAUCAUGAAGUUCGAUCCGCUGGGGACUGGCUUACUCCUGACAUCUCUGGUCUGCCUCAUGCUGGCCUUGCAGUGGGGCGGAGGUGAGUACGCUUGGAGCGAUGGUCGUGUCAUCGCCGUCUUGGUGGUUUUCGCGGUGACUAUCCUGCCUUGGAUGGCCCUACAAUACUUCCAAGGUGAUGAUGCUACCGUACCUCUAAGCAUUUUGAAGCAGCGGUCAGUCGCAGGCUCCAACCUGUACCUGCUCUUCCUAAACGGAGCUUUCGGUGUCUUCAUCUUCUUCCUUCCCGUCUGGUUCCAGUCUAUCAAUGGCGACAGUGCCCAGUCAUCUGGCUUCAAGCAGAUAGCGUUGUGUAUCAGCACUGCCAUUGCGUCGAUCGUCGCCGGCGGAAUGGUCGUCGCCCUAGGGUUUUACAAUCCCUUUAUCAUCGUUGGUUCAAUGUUGGUCACGGCUGGAUCAGCCCUCUACAUGGUCAUUAAGCCGGAUGCUACUCUCGGAAUGGUGAUUGGCGCUCAGAUUCUCGUUGGCGCGGGUGUUGGAGUUGGUGCAGAGCAAGCAAACGUUGCUGUCCAGACUGUGUUGCCAAGCGAGAAGAUUGCCAAGGGCACAAGUCUCACGCUCUUCACCAGAUUACUAGGCGUUGCGUUGUCCGUUCCGGUUGCUCAGAGCGUCAUCCAACAAGAGCUCGUCAAGGCGCUUGGCCCGUCUCUCGCUGGUGUUGUCUACGGGGACGGCGGUGCUCCAGACCUGCGCAUGAAGCUGCAAACGAUGUUUGGAGACAAUACACCCGCCUUCCAAAGCGCUCUCAAUGGAGUAAACUACGCCAUCACGAGAACAUUUAUGCUGGCUAUGAUAUUGGCUGCCAUAUCGUUCCCAUUCGGGCUUCUCGUGGAAUGGAAGAGUGUCAAAAAGGAGAAGAGAGCCGAGGAGGACCAGAAGGAAAGGGGAGGCAACCAAAAGGCCAACUAA